AAUAGAAAAGCAUCAUUGAAGAAGAUGGGCGCAUGCGCUAUCACUGUACAAAAUGGUGAUGGUAGCUCAGCAGUUUAUGCUUUAGGAAAGAGUAUAGGCAAAGGACAGUUUGGCGAGGUUUUCGGCGGGUUAAACAUGGAUACCGGUGAAUAUGUAGCUAUCAAACGCUUGAAGAGGAACAAGAUGGAUUGUGAUGACAUGAAAGAAGUAGACGUGCUAAAACAUUUAGACAGUGAAUAUAUUGUUCGCUAUAAGGGAUACUCAAAAGACAAAGAAUUUUUGAAUAUCAUUUUAGAAUAUGUGGAAAUGGGCUCACUUUAUAACAAUAUUAAAGCGUUCGGCAAAUUUCCUGAAAAACUAGCAGCUUCGUAUACCUACAAAAUUCUGUCAGGGCUCCGAUAUUUACAUUCUAAAGAUGUGAUACAUUGUGAUUUGAAAGCAGCAAACAUCUUAACAACAAAGUCAGGCGGACUGAAGCUGACUGACUUUGGCGUUUCUCUCAGUUUGAAAAUGAAGGAUGAAGAUACGGGUGAACCUGCAGGUACACCCAAUUGGAUGGCGCCUGAAGUGAUCAAAUUUGCUGGUGCAUCAGCCAAGUCUGAUAUUUGGUCUCUAGGCUGCACCAUUGUGGAAAUGCUGACGGGGAAGCCUCCAUAUGCAGGAAUACCCUCUUUUGCAGCUCUUUAUCGGAUAGUAGAAGAUGAAGAACCACCUCUUCCUGAAAACAUACAAUUGUCUGAGGUAAGCAACAAA